AUGGCCUGGCCAAGGAGAUGGCCUGGCCUGGGGGAUGGCCUGGCCUGGGGGAUGAGUUGCCCUAGGAGAUGGCUUGGCCUGGGGGAUGGCCUGGCCAAGGAGAUGGCCUGGCCUGGGGGAUGGCCUGGCCAAGGAGAUGGCCUGGCCUGGGGGAUGGCCUGGCCAAGGAGAUGGCCUGGCCUGGGGGAUGGCCUGGCCAAGGAGAUGGCCUGGCCUGGGGGAUGGCCUGGCCAAGGAGAUGGCCUGGCCUGGGGGAUGGCCUGGCCAAGGAGAUGGCCUGGCCUGGGGGAUGGCCUGGCCUGGGGGAUGAGCUGCCCUAGGAGAUGGCUUGGCCUGGGGGAUGGCCUGGCCAAGGAGAUGGCCUGGCCUGGGGGAUGGCCUGGCCAAGGAGAUGGCCUGGCCUGGGGGAUGGCCUGGCCAAGGAGAUGGCCUGGCCUGGGGGAUGGCCUGGCCUGGGGGAUGGCCUGGCCAAGGAGAUGGCCUGGCCUGGGGGAUGGCCUGGCCAAGGAGAUGGCCUGGCCUGGGGGAUGGCUUGGCCUGGGGGAUGGCCUGGCCAAGGAGAUGGCCUGGCCUGGGGGAUGGCCUGGCCAAGGAGAUGGCCUGGCCUGGGGGAUGGCCUGGCCAAGGAGAUGGCCUGGCCUGGGGGAUGAGCUGCCCUAG